AACACAGAAUCCAUUAUGAUAUCCAAUAAGCCAGUUGGGUUCUGAAGCAGCUGACAUGAGAAAACGGCAGCAGUCACAAAAUGAAGGAACACAGGCUGUGUCUCAAGCGCCUGGAAACCAAAGGCCCAACAAUACCUGCUGCUUCUGCUGGUGCUGCUGCUGCAGCUGCUCCUGCCUCACUGUCAGGAAUGAGGAAAGAGGAGACUCUUCGGGGAGACCCCCACACACCACCAAAAUGGAGAGCAUCCAGGUCCUAGAGGAAUGCCAAAACCCCACUGCAGAUGAAGUCUUGUCCUGGUCUCAAAAUUUUGACAAGAUGAUGAAGGCUCCUGCAGGAAGGAACCUUUUCCGAGAGUUCCUCCGAACGGAAUACAGCGAAGAGAACCUACUCUUCUGGCUAGCCUGUGAAGACUUAAAGAAAGAGCAGAACAAAAAAGCUGUCGAAGAAAAAGCCAGGAUGAUAUACGAGGAUUACAUUUCUAUACUGUCCCCGAAAGAGGUCAGCCUGGACUCUCGGGUUAGAGAGGUGAUCAACAAAAGUCUGCUGGACCCCAGCCCUCACAUGUACGAAGAUGCCCAGCUUCAGAUCUACACCCUCAUGCACAGAGACUCUUUCCCAAGAUUCUUGAACUCGCAGAUCUAUAAAGCUUUUGUCGAAAGUACUACCAGCCCUACUUCUGAAUCCUAA